AUGUCGGCACCAGUAGGCCUAUUGGGGCAUGCGCCUUUGAAACUGAAGAAACUUAGGGUAAGGCUUGUUUUUGGCUAGCCAAGGGUUUGAAAUGAAAUUGGAAUUAUAUUUUUAUGAUCAAAAAAGGUUUUAUAAAUUGUUUUGGAUCGAUAAUACUAUAAUAUAGGUAGUAUCUUAGGGAAUAAAAAAGACUUGUCGCUUUUUGGCGUUCAAACACUAAUAAAAUGGCGACAAGGCAUUUAUUAACUUGUACUAGAUUCUUCAAAUAAUUCUGUGCCUUCUCACAAAGCAAAUUUUUGGAGCGAGGAGCACAGAAUUAUUUGAACAACCUAAUAAUAACGUCUAAACUUUGCUAAAGGGUCAUUUUAUUCCCCUUUCAGUACAUCGUGUUCGGCUUCUUGUUAUUCGACCUGGUGUACGGUGCGGCAUUAUGUAUAUUCGUUGGUCAGUUUUUGGAAGUUAUUAGUAAUUUUGGCAUAUUUUGGCUAUUCUAUGUACUGAGCACUCUUUUGGCUAUGUUUGCGGCUUGUAAUAACGCGGAAUGGUUGUUCUACCCUGUACUUGUGUUUGUGGUAAGGGUUUUUGUUUUGUUUGUGAUUACUUCUGUUUGAUGAAUUGUUUGGGAAUUAUAAAUUUGUUUGUUAUAAAGAAGUUUUGGUAUAGAGAAGUUUUAAAUGCACUGUGCAGUGUUAGCGGAAUGUCAAAAGUUCUUUGUUAUACGGGGUUUUUGAGAUGAAAAAGUUCGUUAUACAAGAGUUCUUCUUAAACCUUUAAAGGGGGCUAGGCUUGUAUGUCAGCCUGGCCCGGCAUUUUAAAUAAAUUCCUUAAAGUAGUAACUAAGACGUCUUGUAACAUAUUUUUAAGUAAGCACUGGCCCACCCUCUUGCCGGUUGUAGUAGGCCCUGUUUUAGGUCUAGUUCCACUAAUUUUCGAACUGAAAGUUUGUUGUUUAAAAUGGCUAUUCUAGACUUAUUUCGUAUGUUAAAAUACGCUAUUUUAGGCUUAUUGUUUCAGAUUCCAUUUGUGGCUGGGACAUUGGUGAUUAUGAUUGCUGUUAUUGCUCAAUUAGGCGUUUGUUUCUUCAUGGCUGGUAAGCAAUCUUUAAUUUUCUUUACUUUACUUCUGCCAAUCUGGUCUUCUAUUCUCUAUAUCUUGCUAUAUCUUCUUCUACUUUAGCUGUUUUUAAUAUUCUUUUAGCUUUCAAAUACAUGUUAGGGUGCUGGAAAAGUCUUGUCAUUUUUUUAAACUAUGGUUAACGGAAAUUGGCGACAAGUGUUUUUUCAACCGUUAUAUUGACUCUAUUGGUAUCAUAGUGGCUUUUAUAAUUUUGUUUUCAAUAUUAUACUCGAUUUUCUUCUUUUUACAAGCUUAUUUUAAUAAUCAAAACUCGUCAAAAUCUUAUUUUACCACGUCUUACUUCAAUAUAGGUAACGUGCAAAUGCCGAGUCCUUUCUUAGAAUGCGCGCAGACGAUGGACCUGCAGACACGGCUCUCCUUCCUUGCCAUCCUCAUGUUCUCCACCUUCAUUCUGGUGGAGAAGGUGCUUGAAUUCGUUGUGAUUCGCCGUCUGAUGCGUUUGAUCCGCGAAGAGAAGGAGAAGGGCGAUCGAGUGGGACUGGUGGGCCGAUCAUUCUCUUCGUUGGGCGGAAAGAAGCCCAAUUUGGCGGCUAAAUUUGCACAACGUGAACCAACCGGAGUGGUGGUUAAGGAUGUGCGAGAUUCGGAUGAUGAUGUAGGUUUUUUAUAUUGUUGUAGGUAUAGCUACCCUUGCGUUUACUUCUACCUUUAUCCAUACCUAUAUAGAAAUACCCCUCCCCUCCCUACCACAUAAACUAUAAUUUCUUUCAUUUACCCUCUAUCCAAUUUUACAGUUUUUACAGUAUGUUUCAGUUAGUAGUGUACCGCAAUAGCACCGUACCCAACGAGCCGAGUUCACUGGAAGCACCGAAGACAAUGUUACCACCAGCUUCGCCACCACCCGCUUACGAGCAGGUUUCCACGCCCACGGAUUCGGUCAACGAACUACCUAUUAAUCCAAAAAGCAAACGCAGCAUUGAAUAG